CAUGUGAACUAUGAGCUGACAUCAACCAUUUUAGAGGUUGCCAUUGCCUUCUUCACAAUUGUCAUUCUCAUUCCUCACUCUCUCUCUCUCUCUCCUCUUUCUUUUGUCUCUAAUUUCAAUUCAACAAAAUCUGCUAACCAUGCCAACUUCUUAUCCUCUUCCCCCCACACCAAAUUUCUUCUUCAGUUCUACUUCAACAUUCAUACCAUAACCUUCUAGAUCCCAAUCCUUCCCUUUCCAUCAUGGUCCGUCUCUGUUUACUUUGUUUCUUCUUCUUCUUCCUCUUUCUCGCUGCCCCCGCCGCAUCUCAGCAGCUCUACUUCUCCGGAUUUCAAGAUGACGCUGCCGUCGCCGCCAACUUAACUCUCACUGACAUCGCCAAGAUCGAGCAGAACGGAAUCUUGAAACUGACAAAUGAUACCAGUCGAUUACAGGGUCAUGCCUUUUACAGUUCCCCCGUUCGUUUCAAAAACUCCUCCGACGGUAAAGUUUUUUCGUUCUCCACUGCUUUUGUCAUCGCCGUCGUCCCCGAGUACCCGACUCUAGGCGGCCAUGGCCUCGCCUUCACCAUCGCCCGAUCGAAGAACCUCCGUGGACUUCCCAGUCAGUAUUUAGGCCUUCUCAAUGCGACAGACGUCGGAAACUUCACGAACCAUCUCUUCGCCGUUGAGUUCGACACUGUUCAAGAUUUUGAGUUUGCCGAUAUCAACGAUAACCACGUCGGAAUUAAUCUCAACCAUAUGGUUUCUAAUGUCUCCACCACCGCUUCCUAUUUCGUCGACGAUGGACCCACCAAGCAGAACCUGACCUUAAAAAGUGGGAGGCCGAUUCAAGCUUGGGUCGAUUACGAUUCCUCUGUGAAUUCUCUGACGGUGGCACUUUCUCCGUUUUCCACCAAACCCAAGAAGCCGAUUCUGUCGUUUAAUGUAGAUCUCUCUCCGAUUCUUGAGGAGUUUAUGUAUGUUGGGUUCUCGGCCUCCACUGGGCUUCUUGCAAGUUCGCACUAUGUGUUGGGGUGGAGUUUCAGUAUGAAUGGACAAGCCCGGUCUCUGGAUCUGUCUUCUUUGCCUUCUGUUCCAGGUCCGAAGAAAAAGCACACUGCUUUUACAAUUGGGGUUUCUGUUGCGGCUGUUUUGAUUGUGAUAAUCGCGAUUUGUGUUGCUGUUUUAAUCAUUUGGAAGAUAAAAAACGCUGAUAUAAUCGAGGCCUGGGAGCACGAAAUCGGUCCUCAUCGGUACUCUUACAAGGAGCUCAAGAAAGCCACUAAGCGAUUUAGGGAUAAAGAGCUUCUAGGGCGCGGUGGGUUCGGGAAAGUUUACAAGGGGACUUUGCCGAAUUCGAAAAUCCAAGUGGCUGUGAAGCGAAUUUCUCACGAAUCGAAGCAGGGCCUAAGGGAAUUUGUGUCGGAAAUCGCUAGCAUUGGCCGGCUUCGUCACCGGAACUUGGUUCAGUUGCUGGGAUGGUGUCGCCGCCGUGGCGAUCUGCUUCUUGUUUAUGAUUUUAUGGCUAAUGGGAGCUUGGAUAACUACAUUUUCGACGACCCGGAUGUGAAUUUGAGCUGGCAACAGAGAUUUAGAAUCAUUAAGGGGGUCGCUUCCGGUUUGCUCUACUUGCAUGAAGGCUACGAGCAGGUGGUGAUUCAUAGAGAUGUGAAAGCCAGUAAUGUCCUGCUCGACAGCGAGAUGAAUGGGAAGCUUGGCGAUUUCGGCCUCGCUCGGCUAUAUGAACACGGGGCCAACCCAAGCACGACUCGGGUCGUCGGAACUCUGGGAUAUUUGGCACCGGAGCUGCCCAGAACCGGGAAAGCCACCACCAGCUCAGAUGUGUAUGCCUUCGGCGCACUUCUGCUAGAAGUGGCCUGCGGGCGGCGGCCAAUCGACCCAAAAUCUUCGUCGGAAGAGCUGGUGCUGGUGGAUUGGGUAUGGGAGAAUUACAGGGAAGGGAAAUUGCUGGAGGUAAUGGAUCCAAAAUUGAAAGGGGAUUUCAAUGUAGCUGAGGCAGUGAUGAUAUUGAAACUGGGGUUGUUUUGUUCGAACGAUUCCGCGGCAGCACGGCCGAGUAUGAGGCAGGUGGUGAUGUUUCUGGAGGGAGAGAUCGGAGUUCCGGAGGAGAUAUCAGCGCCGAAAGUGAUGGAAGGAGGGAGGAAUGGAGAAGGGUUCGAUGAUUUUGUGAAUUCGUUUGCUUCUUCUUCGUUUAACAAGUUCAGUUCAUAUUCAUCGACUGGUAAUAGGGAUAUGGAUAUGAGUUUUGCUUCAUUUUCAACUUCUCCUCUUUCGCUUCUCAAUGGCAGAGACUAAACAUUUGUAAAUUCCUUAGUUCUCUGUUUCCGGGAAAAUUGGUAGCUAAGAAAGAGUGAUGGAGAAAAGGCAGAAGUAGAAGAAAAAAUGGGAAUUUGGAGUCAAACAUUGGGGUAGUAAGAUUCUUACUUUGAUGUAUAUUUAAGAAAAGAAAUUAUUGAUAUAUGGUCAUAAGUCAUAUAUAUCGAAAUUGAGUUCUGACUGUAGUGUUAAUUUUGGCCCACAUUUCAAUGAAAUCUAUCUUAUACUUC